CACAAGGUGGCGGUAAUGCGCGAGAUUUGUUGCGAUCAGCCAAUAAGCUGAAGAAGAAGAAGAGAGUAGCGCUUCAAACAAGACAAGUAUGGGCAGGUUGGCAGUCCUGUCUUUAGCUGUCAUUGCUCUGUCAGUUUUCAUCGGAGAAAGACUCAUCGCACUGAGGCAUAUAUCACUUUCCUCCAGAGAACUAACCAAGAACUACCUUCCUAACUGUCACCUAAUAGAGGGCAUAGAGGGUGGGGCUGAAGAUCUCACCAUACUUGACGAUGGAUUGGCUUUUCUGAGCACGGGCUUGAAGUAUCCAGGCUUACCAUCCUAUUCAGAUGAUCCUGGAAAGAUCUAUACCCUGAAUCUGUUGGAUUCUGAACUGAAAAUUGAAGCACUGAGCAUCAAGGGUCAGUUUGACAAAGACUCUUUUAAUCCACAUGGAAUCAGCGUAUACACAGAUGACAAAGAUGGUGCCAUAUAUGUGUUUGUUGUUAAUCAUCCUCAAGGCAAAAGCCAAGUGGAGAUUUUCAGAUUUGUUGAGAAUGAAAAUGCUCUUCAAUACAUCAAGACCAUCAAGCAUGAACUUCUGCAUAAUGUGAAUGACAUAGUAGCUGUGGGGGCCGAAAGCUUUUAUGCCACCAAUGAUCAUUACUUCACAAAUGAGAUUCUCAAGUUGGUGGGGUGGUUUCUGUCUUUGCCCUGGUGUGACGUCAUCUACUUCAGCCCUAGACCUGUGCAGGUUGUGGCAGAGGGUUUCCUAUCUGCCAAUGGCAUAAAUAUCUCACCCAACAAAAGGCAUUUGUAUGUGUCAGAUGCUCUGAAGCACACAAUUACUGUCAUGGAGAUACAGAAUAACACUGUAUUGUCUCACAUAAAGGAAGUUGAUGUGGGCUCACUCCCUGACAACAUCGAGGUGGUCCGUGAAUCUGGAGAUCUGUGGUUGGGCUGCCACCCAAACGGUCUCAAAUUCAUGCUUGGUGAUCCGAAUGAUCCACCUGGUUCUGAGGUUAUCAGGAUUGAGAACAUCCUCUCUGAAAAGCCCCAGGUGACUCAGGUGUAUGCAGAUGAUGGCAGUGUGAUCAUUGCUUCUUCAGUGGCAGCCCCAUAUGGAGGAAAGCUGCUCAUUGGAACCGUUUAUCAGAAAGCUCUGAUCUGUGACCUUAAAUAGUGAAUAUAUUCACUUGCAGCUAACAAUGAAAAAAUAUUUGAUUUGGCUAGUGUGUAUAAUUUCAAAAACUGACUUUUUUGCAACAAACAAUUUAAAGACAAGACAUGCUAAUUAUACUUGGUUAGUUGACCUCUGAAAUGUCAAUCAGUGCCAACCGUUUUCUGCAGUGACAUGCUACACAAAAAAAGUAUUUAAACUACAUUUUUUCCUAUGAUAUAUAAUCAUUAUACACUUUAUUUGGGUGGAGUGAAACUUAGGUUAUAGUUUUGAGUUGACUUAUGUUGAGACCUUUUGAUUCAAUUUCUUUUUAAGUUAUAAGAAAUAUUUUAUUAAUAUACUUAAUAGGUUCUUUAUCGGCAUCUAUGGUUCCAUGAAGAACCUUUAACAUAAAUUGAGCCUUUAAAUUCCACAAAAGGUUCUUUAGAUUUUUAAAAUGUUCUUUACACUGAUUUUAAAAAAAAUCUUUUAAGAACUGUUCAUGGAAAGGUUCUUUAGGGAACCAGAAAUGGAUCUUCUUUGGCAUCGCUUCAAAAAAAAAAAAAAAAAAACUUUUGGAACCUUUAUUUUUAAGAGAGUGUAUUAUGUCAAUGAAAACCAAUCAAUUAUGAUUAUCUUUACAAGCAAUAUCUCAGCACCUUGGUAGUUUGAUAGUAAUAGACAAAACAUUUUGCUCACUGGAAUCAAUGUAUUGCAACUGUCAUAAGCACAAUGAUCUCCCAGGGUUGAUAAAAUGCAAUAGGACAUGUCCAAAGUGUUUGGGAUGGUACUUAUAUUUUGUUUAUCCUGUUAAAGAACCAUUUUAAGACUAAGAAAGUCCAAAUUGUCCAUCCAAACCUUGCCAGUAUGAAUGAUACUACAAUGGUAAUGAUUAAACAACUCAAUUUAUUUUAAUGCAAACUGUAUAUUGGGUAACAGGAAAGCACAUCACAUGUUUUGUAAGAAAAAAAUGUGUCCAACUUAGCAAAUCAAAGGCCUUUUUAUAUAAAAGCUAAAAUAAUCUGUUUUCAAAACACCUGCUACUAUAAUGAUUCUAGCUUAGUGUGUGUGUGUGUGUGUGUGUGUGAGAAUUUUAAAUGUAGAAGCCAAAUGUGAACCAAUAUAUUGGAAACAGUCUUUUAACAUUAAUGUUCAGUGUGAUUUAGUUGACUUGAUUUCUCUGGAAAAUGUCUAAUGACUAGCACAAUAAUGUAACUGUCCUUUGAGUGAUUUGUAUGUGUUCAUGACUUAACGUAGCUUCCGAAUUUUAUUUUAUAUGAUUGUGAAACAAAUCCAUUCUCAGUGUUUUAUGUAGAUAUGUACUUGCACAUAAAUGUGAAUGAUACCAAGUCGAGUGUUCAUUAAAACUGAUGACAAGAAA